AUGCUCGAACUGGGGCACGGCACGCCUAACAGGGCCGAGUUCGAAUGCGGCUACCGCAUCUACAUCUCAGGCGACACGCUGAUGGUCGACGAGCUGAAAGAGAUCCCGCGGCGGUAUGCCGGGCAGCAGAUCGAUCUGAUGCUGGCGCAUUUGGGCGGAACCACGAUUCCGUCGCCCGGAAUGGCGCCGUUUGCGUUGAUGGUGACCAUGGAUGCCAAGCAGGGAGUGCAGCUGAUGCAGCUGGUCCAGCCGGAUAUCACGAUCCCCAUUCACUAUGAUGAUUAUGAGGUGUUUGCCAGCCCGUUGGUUGACUUUGUCAAGAUGGUGGAAGCGGCCGGAUUGCGGGGCAGAGUGGUGUAUUUAGAUCGAAGGGACCAGUAUCGGUUCCGGGUGAGAGAAGAAGAACCAUGA